AUGUCCCGGGAAUCUGUCGUGGCGCUCACCGAGGAGCUAAGUCCGUACAUCGAAGGGCAAACGACAAAUAUGAGGGCACCCAUUGAUCCUCUAAAACGGGUCGCUCUGACGCUUUAUUAUUUAAGCGACAAAGGAAGCCUACGGAAGACUGCAAACGCCUUCGGUGUGUCGCGCCAGGCCGUGUCUGUCAUCGUUAGGCAGAUCUGCAGGACGAUCUCCAUCCACCUCGGUCCCAGGUACGUCCGACUGCCUUUCACGGAGCAAGACGCUACGGAGCUGGUUGUGGGGUUUCAACAGACUCAUGGCAUGCCCCAAUGUUUAGGAGCAGUUGACGGCACCCAUAUUGAAAUCAAACAACCGUCUGUCAACUCCACGGACUAUAUAAACAGAAAAGGCAAGUACACCCUGAAUGUACAGGCAGUGUGCGAUUACAAGUACCGAUUUAUGGAUGUUGUCAUCAAGUGGCCUGGAAGUGUGCACGACGCACGGAUCUUUGCCAAUUCAGAGCUGAAUCUGUCACUGAAAAAUGGCAAGAUCCCGCCUCUUAAAAGGCGGAUUGUGGAUGAUGAGGAGCCUAUAUCCAUUUUCCUUCUCGGUGAUCCUGCGUACCCACUGCUGCCUCAUCUGAUGAAGGAGUUCUCCAACGCAUCUCUCUGCGCUGCCUUACGACUGGAGGAGGCAGCAGACUUUCAACAAAGUCUGACGACUGUGGCGAGUCAGUGGGCAGCUCCGAGGUCGAUGAAGACGUCUCGACCAGGAGGAGGAGGUCAGAGUGUGAGGAGGAGGAGGAGGUCAGAGUGUGUGGAGGAGGAGGAGGUCAGAGUGUGUGGAGGAGGAGGAGGUCAGAGUGUGAGGAGGAGGAGGUCAGAGUGUGUGGAGGAGGAGGAGGUCAGAGUGUGUGGAGGAGGAGGAGGUCAGAGUGUGUGGAGGAGGAGGAGGAGGUCAGAGUGUGAGGAGGAGGAGGAGGUCAGAGUCUGUGGAGGAGGAGGAGGUCAGAGUGUGAGGAGGAGGAGGUCAGAGUCUGUGGAGGAGGAGGAGGUCAGAGUGUGUGGAGGAGGAGGAGGUCAGAGUGUGUGGAGGAGGAGGAGGUCAGAGUGUGUGGAGGAGGAGGAGGAGGAGGAGGUCAGAGUGUGUGGAGGAGGAGGAGGAGGUCAGGGAGGAGGAGGAGGUCAGAGUGUGAGGAGGAGGAGGUCAGAGUGUGAGGAGGAGGAGGAGGUCAGAGUCUGUGGAGGAGGAGGAGGUCAGAGUGUGAGGAGGAGGAGGUCAGAGUCUGUGGAGGAGGAGGAGGUCAGAGUGUGUGGAGGAGGAGGAGGUCAGAGUGUGUGGAGGAGGAGGAGGUCAGGGAGGAGGAGGUCAGAGUGUGUGGAGGAGGAGGAGGUCAGAGUGUGUGGAGGAGGAGGAGGUCAGAGUGUGUGGAGGAGGAGGAGGAGGUCAGGGAGGAGGAGGAGGUCAGAGUGUGAGGAGGAGGAGAGUCUGUGGAGGAGGAGGAGGUCAGAGUGUGAGGAGGAGGAGGUCAGAGUCUGUGGAGGAGGAGGAGGUCAGAGUGUGAGGAGGAGGAGGAGGUCAGAGUGUGUGGAGGAGGAGGAGGUCAGAGUGUGUGGAGGAGGAGGAGGUCAGAGUGUGUGGAGGAGGAGGAGGAGGUCAGGGAGGAGGAGGAGGAGGAGGUCAGAGUGUGUGGAGGAGGAGGAGGUCAGAGUGUGUGGAGGAGGAGGAGGAGGUCAGGGAGGAGGAGGAGGUCAGAGUGUGAGGAGGAGGAGGUCAGAGUGUGAGGAGGAGGAGGAGGUCAGAGUCUGUGGAGGAGGAGGAGGUCAGAGUGUGAGGAGGAGGAGGUCAGAGUCUGUGGAGGAGGAGGAGGAGGAGGUCAGGGAGGAGGAGGUCAGAGUGUGUGGAGGAGGAGGAGGUCAGAGUGUGUGGAGGAGGAGGAGGAGGUCAGGGAGGAGGAGGAGGUCAGAGUGUGAGGAGGAGGAGGUCAAAGUCUGGAGGAGGAGGAGGUCAGAGUGUGAGGAGGAGGAGGAGGUCAGAGUCUGUGGAGGAGGAGGAGGUCAGAGUGUGAGGAGGAGGAGGUCAGAGUCUGUGGAGGAGGAGGAGGUCAGAGUGUGA